AUGGAGGUACGUGGUCCUCGGAGGAAUCCCAGCUACCUCUCUGAUCUCUAUCAGAACAUGUUACGGGCUGAAGAAGCACUGGGACAAGGGCAGCAGCAGCCCCCAGCAGUCCAUACAAAUAGCAGCAUGACUCUUCGGAGCAGUACUGCAACCAAGGGGGGCCCCCAGCCAAAUAAGCUUCAGAGCAGCACUUCCUCCAGCUGUGAUCCGGCAUUACGGCCUAUCAUACGGCGCCGAGCAAGAUCUUUACCUACAUCACCCGACAGGAGGAAGCGGGCAGCAGUGCCGUGUCAAGUUCCUGGAUGCCAGAGUCGUAUGAACCGGGUGAGAUUUGCUGAUGCUUUGGGCUUAGAGCUCACUGAAGUGAAAGUCUUCCAGACUGGGGAGGAUCCGUCGAUCCCUUUGCAUGUCCUUUCCAGGCUCUCCAUAAACUCAGACCUCUGGUACAGCAGCUCGGACUUGGAGUUUACCAUGCAGUGCUUGGUCCCUGACUUCCAGCAGCCUGCAGACUGUAUGGAUUUCUCCUCCCGACUUCAGGAGCAGCAGGUGUGUCUUGAACGAGUGACCAGCUCAGAUUUGGGGCUCAGUGGCACCAUCCAGGUUUGCAAUGUUGCUUUUGAGAAGCAGGUAUCGGUGCGAUACACCUUCAACCAGUGGAAAAGCCUCCAUGAAGUGUGUGCUCAUUGGCACAGUAGCAUCCCUGAGAAAAACGGGCAGGAUCAGGUUGAUGUUUUCACUUUCUUUCUCCCUGUGCCUCCUUUCCUCCUUCAGCUGUGCUCUGUUGUCCAGUUUGCAGCAAGGUACCAAGUCAACGGCCGGGAGUAUUGGGAUAACAACAGAGGCAAAAACUACAGUCUUACCUGCCGGACUCACCCCCUUAAGAUGCCUAGAGAAUGUGAGGAGAGCUGGAUCCACUUCAUCUGAAUGAAGAAAGUGGAUGCAGAGCAGCUUGUCAGUAGCCUCGGUGGCACUCUCUUCCUUGGCAUGGCUCUCUGCUCCUAUGGCAACAGCCUCCUUUUUGAAACCUGCCAAACCUGGCGAAGUGUUCCAGGGCAGGGAAGUAGCCAAUGACCCGUACAAACUGUUCUAAACCUCUCAAGAGACAAAAAAGGGCCAAAAUGUGUAUUGAGUUACAUCUGUUGAAAGGCCAAGUGAUUUCUUGUAGCAUAUGAAUCA